UAGAGUCAGCCAAUCAGCGGCUCCCAUCACGCCUGGGGUAGCCGGUGCGCGCUGCUGUGGCUGAGGUCAAGGAGUGAUCAGCUGCUGGGCAGAGUGCAGCCCUGGGAGCGGGACACGUACAGCGAUCAUCUUAUCCUCCUUCUCCCGCUGCCAGUGAUCAUCCUGCCAAGAGGCAGUGCUGCAUUCCCUACACACAGGCUAUUACCUCCUCUCUUUGGCUCUGGGGGGGAUCUGCUGCUGCUGCUGCCGCCAGGGAAGGGGGUGACGUGCUCUGCCUGAGCAUGAGGCUCAGCUAGGGGGCUGCUAUAGAGGUGGGGAGCAGGGGGGCACAUUGUGGUCAGACUGGAGCUGGAGAGGGAUAGUGCUGGUUUUGUGAAUAACCAACAUCACCUACAGUGAAGUUUACAUCCCAUGGCUGCUACCUGCCUAUCUGUCACCCUCUACACAGGGACCCUGCUGAUCAUCACCUGCACAGUGGCCCUAGGUGAGCACCCUUCAUCCUUUUUGUCUUCCUAUGAAAUUAUUGUACCCCAGAGAGUAACUCGGCUAAGAAGAGAUGCGUCUGGCUCCCUGUCGGAGGGUCUGUCUUAUGUUAUCCAGGCCGAUGGUAAGGAACACAUACUACAUCUGGAACAGAACAGAAACUUGUUAGCCAAAGAUUUUACAGUUUAUACAUAUGCUGAAAAUGGAACUAGACUGGCAAGCCAGAUUCAAGAUAAGGACCCGUGCAUUUAUCAUGGUUAUGCUGAGGGGGAUCCAGAGUCACGAGUAGCCGUCAGCACCUGCUCUGGCCUGCGCGGCCUGCUGCACCUGCAAAAUGGAAGCUACGGUAUUGAACCCUUACAAUCUUCCUCCAAGUCCCAUCACCUGAUUUAUCGACUUGAGAAUGUGAAGAAGGAGCCAGUGGUCUGUGGUGUGUCCAGUCCAGAGGUUGGCCAUGCGAGAGAACACCAGCACUCUCCCAGCAUGACGCAAUUACUGCGGAGGAAGAGAGCAAUCGUGUCCCGGACAAGAUACGUGGAACUGUUCUUGGUGGUUGACAAGGAAAGGUAUGACAUGUUGGGGAACGUCACAGCUGUGAGAUCAGAGAUGGUGCAGUUGUCUAAUUACCUGGAUAGCAUGUACAAAAUGCUGAAUAUCAGAAUUGUCUUGGUUGGACUGGAGAUCUGGACAGCUGGCAACAAAAUCAGCAUUGAGGGUAGUGCCGGGGAUGUCCUGGGGAAUUUUGUGCGUUGGCGUGAGACGAAUCUGGUGCCGCUCCGCAGACAUGACAGCGCACAGUUUGUUCUGAAGAAAGGGUUUGGUGGCACGGCAGGAAUGGCUUUUGUGGGCACCGUGUGUUCCAGGAGUCACGCAGGGGGCAUAAAUGUGUUUUCAAACCAGCAUUUGCAGUCUUUUGCUUCAAUUGUUGCUCAUGAGCUGGGCCACAAUUUGGGAAUGAAUCACGAUGACAGUCGAAGCUGUACCUGUCCUGUAGGCACCUGCAUCAUGAGCUCUGGAGCCAGUGGUUCUAAAAAUUUCAGCAGCUGCAGUGAAGACGACUUUGAGAAGUUAACUCUGAACAAGGGUGGGAGUUGCCUCCUGAAUGUGCCUAAUCCAGAUGAGGAAUAUAGCGCCCCCUCCUGUGGAAACAAGCUGGUGGACCCAGGGGAAGAGUGUGAUUGCGGAAAUCGGAAGGAAUGUGAGAAGGAUCCAUGCUGUGAGUAUGGGACCUGCAAACUGCGCUCAGGGUCUGAGUGUGCCUAUGGGUCUUGCUGCCAAAGCUGCCGGUUCUCUCCCGGUGGUACGGUGUGCCGUGGCGUGGCCAAUGAAUGUGAUCUCCCUGAAUACUGCAAUGGCUCUUCUCCAUUCUGCCAGCCUGAUGUAUUCAUUCAGAAUGGAAGCCCGUGCCAGAACAACAAAGCUUACUGCUACAAUGGCAUCUGCCAGUACCAUGAUGCCCAGUGCCAGAACAUAUUUGGAUUAAAGGCCAAGGCAGCUGCUCCAGUAUGUUUCCGGGAGGUGAAUGAAAAAGGUGACAGGUUUGGGAACUGUGGAUUCCAAAACAACAAGUACAAUCCAUGCGAAGCCAAGAAUGCCAAGUGCGGGAAGCUGCAGUGUGAAGAUGUGACAUCUAUGCCUAGUUUUGGCAUUCGGCCUUCAAUGAGCCAUACUCCAAUCACAGUGGGCAAUGCGUCCUUUGUAUGCUAUGGAGUGGAUUUCCAGCUUGGUAGCGAUGUCCCAGAUCCAGCCAUGGUCAAUGAAGGCACCACCUGUGAUAAAGGCAAGGUGUGCCAGAAUUACCAGUGCAUUAGUGCAUCAGUCCUCAAAUAUGACUGUGAUGUGCAGAUGAAAUGUGGCGGUAAUGGGGUGUGUAACAGUAAUAAGAACUGCCACUGCAACGAAGGCUGGGCCUUCCCUGACUGUAAGGUGAAGGGCUAUGGUGGAAGCGUGGACAGUGGCCCAUCGUAUAAUGAUAAAGACACCUCUCUUAGGGAUGGGAUGCUGGUCUUCUUCUUACUGGUUGUACCAGUAUUGGCACUUGGAACCUUCAUAUUUUUCCGAAGAAAUGACCUUAAACGACGGUUUUGCAGGAAGAAGAGGUCACAGGCGGCCGAUGUUGGCAAAAUAAGACAAGAUGGGAGACAGCCACCUAGGAAUGCACCCAGCAAAGGUGGCUCAGCUGCCAGUCCACUUAGGAACACACCAAUCACUUCUCCAGACUGGGAUGAUCCAGAAACUAGUCCACCAAGGAAUGUUCCACGUGGGCCGACGGCCAGGAUUCCCCCGACUUCACGUCCCCAAAGAAAUCUGCAAAAUGUUCCACCGGGUGGGAGACCACCAGCUAAUGCCCCUCCCAGAAAUGUGCCACCUGUGGGACCCAGCAGAAAUAUGCACCCAUCCACUCAUGAACCCUCUUAUAAACAAAGUAACUCUGCUGUUCCAACAUACAUGGUGAAACAGCCACAUCAUACACCAUCUAGGCCUCCACCUCCUCACCAAAGAGAAAUAACUCCUAACAAUGCCCCAUCACGUCUUCCACCUGCCCCACCAGUAUAACACCCAGCUCCUAAUUCAGUUUAGCAUUUUAUGUGUGACUUUUUUUACAUUGAUUAGGUACAUCUGUGUUUCCGAGAUACACAGCCUUUAUGAAGUUUGGGAGAAAGAAGAAAUGCUUUCAGGCAGGCUGAUUGGAGGACCUGUCAUUUGUGGGGUCUUUACCUACGAGUUUUCCAAGCAAUUAAUCAGACACGGUUUUGCGCAUGUGAGAACGUUCAGAAAAGAAUUGAAACAGAAUUUGGACUUCAGAACAAACAUCUGAGCUUUUAAUAACCUGUAUACUGCUCGUGUCCCCGUUACUAGUCCUCAUCUAGGAAGUGAUCCUGUACAUGCAAUCAUGUUAGAGAACUAAUCUGACCAUUGAAAAUCAUCAUCUCAAAUUCAUGUGUUUUUCCAGACUGAAUUCUCCAAUCUGAUAUAUAGCCUUGCUUUUACGGCUUUGUUAAAAAUCCAAAUGGUUUCUGAUACCGGCUCCCCUAAUUACUCCUGUUUGGGAUAAAGAUGAACACCAGUGUUUAAUAAGAGUCACUUAUGCCAGAAACAAAGGAUAUAGAUUGUGAAAUACAUUUUUAUAAUGAUUAUCAGAAUGUGCUGCCAGCAAAAUGCCUUAUGACCGAUUCAGUCUUGCAGUCCGUUUAGUUUUUAUUUUAUAUAUAAUUUCUUGUAUCAAUAACUACACUCAGAGGUGACAAAUUUAUAGUUUGAAUCAAUAUGAAGUCGAUGAGUUCAUUAUAAACCAGUUACAUCACUGAGGCACAGACUGCCUCAUGCCUCCUGUUGAUGUUACUAGUUCCUACUGAAUUAAUUGGAAGCAUUUUCAUACAUAAUGCCUUAGUACUCAAAAUAGCUACUCUCCGCCAUUGUUACACUUUGAUGUGAUCCGCCACGACCUCUACCCUAUUGGUGUGGAUAUUUAGAUGUUAAAUGUUUGAUCUAUGAAAAUCUAGAUUGUAGAUGCUAUAUCGGCUGGACAUGAGAUGAAUGUUAUUUGGAGAAACAUCGAUUGCAGAGUUUAAGAUCAGUGCUUCAAUUCCAAACUUGAGAUAACAGUUGAAUGGUGCCAUUGUUUUUACAGUAAUAUGAUUUCUUUCAGUACAAAAUGUCUUAAGUCAUUUUUGAUCUGUAAGCAGAUGGAUUAAAAUAUCAGGGACUCGAGGGACACAUACAAUAGUGGUGACCUUAUGGUCUAAAAUGAAGGUCAUAGUAUCUUCAUGCAUGAGAGGCAGCUUUUAAAAUUAGGUGGUAAAUAUUAAAGGGGCAGUCCGAGCAAUUUGAGCAUACAAGGAAUAUCUAUUUAAUAUGUAGCCAAUACAAAUAAAGAGAGCAUCCUAGUGACCACUAUACAAAUCAAAGAGAAUUUUUACAACCAUUACAAUACAGAGAGCAUUCUAGUGAUCAUGAUACAACACAGAGGGAAUCCUAGUGACUCCCAUGCAAUACAGAGAGCAUUAUGACACAGAUUUUGGUGACUAAAAUACAAACCUGACUGCAUCCCAGUGACUGCCAUAUAGUAAAGACAGCUUCCAUACAAUACGCAGAGCACCCCAGUGACUGACAAAUACAUUUUUUGUGACUGCCGCACAAUAUUUUCCCUCAUCAUUAAUCCCACCUCAAAUUUCAUUUAUUCCUCCAGCAUCAUUGUAACAACUUCUUCAAUAUAAUUGAACACUUUACAAUAAUUAACUCCCUGAUAUUCAAUAUGGACUCCAACAUUACUAAUUUUAUUUAUGUUCAUUUAACCCCUGAAUACCUCCCUUAUUUAAAGAAACCUUCAUUUUAAUUAAUCGCAUUAAUGCAUUAUGCCGUUCAUUUUAUUAAUAAAUCCAAUUAUCCUAACUAACCCCUUAUUUUUAUCUUCCCUUAAAUAUAGCCCCAUUCACUUUUUUUGAUCAGUUCUUCCUGUCCAUGAUGCUCUUGCACAGUGUAGUCGUAUUGUAGGGAAAUCUUUAAAUGGUUCCCACCACUGUGUGUGAGGUAGUAGGCAGCAUGUCCUCUACAAGGGGUGGAAUUACAUUAUAUAGCACUGUAUUCAGGCUACCUCUGAGCUUCCAUCCGAGCAACGGCCUGAAAGAAGAGGCGGGUGUGCCGGCAGUCUGAUGUAGACCACCUGCCAGGUGACUCAGACCUUGAAGAGCGGUCAUGAUACAACGUAGGCAUAUCGGGUUUUAAUGCUUCCCGUUGUCUCUGCCCUUCUGAGAGAGAGAUGGAAGCUAGUGGCAGCUUGUGACUUCUACAAAAUACUCAAAAGCAGGAUUGUUCUUUACUUCAUUAUUGAUUUAAAAAAAAUGGAUUUAAUUCUUCUAUUUGCAGUGUUAUGAGCUUGAUGGUUGAAGAUCAUUUUUUUAAAUGUAUUUUUAUAAGAGUUUGUGUUGGAUUUUAUUUUGUUUCAUAGUACGCUGUUCCAUCCAUAUUCUCUUGUGUUCUCUUGAUGGCAAACACUCCUUUUGAAACUGUGUUAUAUCUUUGUCUGCAAUAAUAUACUUGAAGUAUAUCAUAUAGUAUACUUUUUGAAGAAUGUAUGUUUAAAAUUCUCUUUAACCAAGUGUCUCUAGAUGGCUAAACCAUUAUUUGUUCUUGUUUCUGAGACAUUGUGACUGGUUACUUUUUUAGAGGCAAUGUAAUUACUAUUACUAAGAUGCUACAAAGCAUUACAUAGUAACAGAAUUCUCUGUCCCUUGAUCACCUUAUAAAAACCCUUGUUAAAGUACUUGGGGAUAUCAUAUGCUUUGUGCACCUGGCUAUGAGCACAGGCUAUGAGCCCAGUUCUGGUUCCUAAGAACUAGCUACACCUCUGAUGCUUU